AGAAGGAAUCCACGAGAGGGAGGGAAAAGGACCAGAAAAAUCUCCAGAAGUAAGGGGGCUCUCUGGGGAAUCACUCACAACGUAGGUGGAUUAAGGCACUGCGGCAUCUCAAAGCUGUUAACAAGGGGCGUCUCAAACGGAGCAGAGGUGUGAUGGUGCAGGGAACGCCAUGCCUGACCAAGUGUAUCGUGGUGCUUUCCUGCGUGUCCUGUGUCCUGUCCGCCGCCCUGCAGAACACUCAGCCAGAUGAAAGCCAGAGUGAUGUGGAGAAGCGCGCAGCGAGGGACCCCAUGUUGCGGUACCUGCUGGUGGCCAUGGCGCAACCAGGCCCGCGCUACGCCGCCCCGCAGAUCCUGAGCCGCGGAGUGAGACGAAUCGGGUCAGAGUUCUUGGGCAAAAGGUCCAUUGCCGUGUCUGGGACCGAGAAGAUGUGUGAGCCAGACCCCUGCGUCGCCGAGGAGGACCGAGACCACGCCGACGACCUGAAGAAGGAGCAGAUGAGCUUCACUGGUCAAUAUAAUGAACAGAAUGGCGCCGGGGACCUUCAGGAUGCGCCGGACAAAAGGGCUCUAGGAGAUUUAUCCCGCAGCCGCCUCGCCCGCUACUUCUCCCUCCUCCUCAACAAGAAAAUGGGAUCAGAGUUCUUGGGCAAGCGAGCAAUGGGGUCAGAAUUUUUAGGCAAACGAGCCAUGGGGUCAGAAUUCUUGGGUAAGCGGGCGAUGGGCUCAGAAUUUCUAGGGAAGCGUGCAAUGGGGUCAGAAUUUUUAGGCAAGCGAGCGAUGGGGUCAGAAUUCUUGGGUAAACGCGCGAUGGGUUCAGAAUUCUUGGGGAAAAGAGCAAUGGGUUCUGAAUUUUUAGGCAAGAGAGCGAUGGGGUCAGAAUUUCUUGGUAAAAGAGCAAUGGGUUCAGAAUUCCUGGGCAAACGUGCGAUGGGUUCAGAAUUCUUGGGCAAAAGAGCAAUGGGUUCUGAAUUUUUAGGCAAGAGAGCGAUGGGAUCAGAAUUCCUUGGCAAGAGAGCAAUGGGGUCAGAAUUCUUGGGUAAGCGCGCCAUGGGCUCAGAAUUUUUAGGUAAACGCGUCAUGGGUUCAGAGUUUUUGGGCAAGAGAGCGAUGGGUUCAGAAUUCUUGGGGAAGAGAGCGAUGGGAUCAGAGUUUUUGGGUAAGCGCGCUAUGGGCUCAGAAUUCUUGGGCAAGAGAGACCCGUGGAUGCAGGGACCGGAGCGAAGACCGGAGGAGGAGGCUGAGGAGGAGGAGGAGGAGGAAAGAGAAGAGGUUCUGUCGGCCUAAGGCGGCCACUGAGUCCUUUCGUUUCCCUGUUCCUGCGCGGCAAUAGCAUGUGAUACCUGUAGAGGACAUGAACAGUCUGCGGGUCUGUGUCUGCUGCACCUCGCCCUUCCCUAGGGACCCGAGGCAGCCCUCCCCCCCACGCGAGGAGGAGUGGCGGUGACGGCGCCUCGCACUACUACUACUACUACUACUACUACUACUACUACUACUACUACUACUACUACUACUGCCGCUGCUGCUGCUGUUGCUACUACCACUGUUAUCACUGCUUCUACUAUUCCAAUUGCUAAUAAUUGUUCUACGCUGCGAUACUGACUCUGCAGACAUUGUACGUAUCAUUGUGAGAGUAACGAUGCAUAGUGAGCGGGACUGCACACGUGAAUAAGAUGACGAUAAUGAUUAAAUAAAAAAAAAAGUAUAUUGAUGUCAGGAAAAAAAUAAAUAAAUAAAUGACACUUCAAUACACGAUGAAUUAAAACACUACGAACAUUUUAUCUUAACAAUCCCUAAUUAGAUAUAGCUUGAGUAAUAUUACCUGAAGCUGCCGCACUAAUUAAGGUGGAAAGUAUAGAGUGGCUUUGCAGGAGCGGUGUAAAGAAUAUGAAUAAAUCUCUGAGUUAAAAAGAUUAUCUGGUGGAAGUGACCAAAGCCUUCCCUAUUGGCGGACUCGUGAGCGACGGGGACGGUGAGGAGGGAGACGAGGGGGAAUGAAGGGGAAAGGGGGUGAGAGGGAGGAGACGUGAAUCACCCUCAGUGCCACGUGUAUGCAUAGAAAGGGAUUGUUUCUUUCAUAAUUAAUCAAGGUUGCACAGAAAGCAAAAGAUUUUCUGCUCCCUCACACACACACACACACACACACACACACAUAUUCUCUCUCUCUCUCUCUCUCUCUCUCUCUCUCUCUCUCUCUCUCUCUCUCUCUCUCUCUCUCUCUCUCUCUCUC